UCGGGCUCGGGCUCCGCGGGCGGAAGAGGCGGCGGCGGCGGCAGAAGCGGCGGCGGCGGCGGCGGCGGGAGCCGAGGAGGAGGCUCCGGACGCUGCUCAGGAACCGGGGACCUGGGAGUGCCCGCGCCCUGGGCUCUCAGUUCCGGAGGCGGUGGUUAUCCCAUUUUGCCAGGCUUCUCAAAGCAGACCCAGGGCCUGACUCCUCCCCCUCAGUGCCUACGGAGCACCACCUGUCAUCGUCCCAACUCCUGCCCUAAAAGUCAUGGCCGAAUACGGGACCCUCCUCCAGGACCUGACUAACAACAUCACCCUUGAAGAUCUGGAACAGCUGAAGUCAGCCUGCAAGGAGGACAUUCCCAGUGAGAAGAGUGAGGAGAUCACCACGGGCAGUGCCUGGUUUAGCUUCCUGGAGAGCCACAACAAGCUGGACAAAGACAACCUCUCCUAUAUUGAGCACAUUUUUGAGAUCUCCCGCCGUCCUGACCUACUCACUAUGGUGGUUGACUACAGAACUCGUGUCCUGAAGAUCUCUGAGGAGGAUGAGCUAGACACCAAGCUAACCCGCAUUCCCAGUGCCAAGAAGUACAAAGACAUUAUUCGGCAGCCCUCUGAGGAAGAGAUCAUCAAACUGGCUCCCCCACCGAAGAAGGCCUGAGAAAGGGGGAGGAAGAAGAGGAAGGUUGGACCUUCAUCAGACCACUCCCUUCCCUAGCCUCCAUGGGAGGGGGCAAGGGCAGCACCCUCAUGCACCCACUUACUAACCUGGUCCUAACUCCCUUACUGUGCGCGUGUGUGUGCGUGUGCGCACGCUCUGGCUGUCUGUCUAUAUGUCUAGCUCAUCUAGUUCCUCCUCCUUGUGAGGGGGGUGGGGGUCGGGAUGGGGGGGCUUAGUUUCCCCACUCUAGGGAGAGGUGGGGGCUAUUUCUAUGCAAAUAGAAAUUGGCACAUUCCUACCUACUUCCCUUUCUUCCACUUUCCCCCACCACAUCUUUAAAAUGUGGAAGCAGAAAGGACCUGCAUUUUCCUACAUCGAGGAGCUGAGAUGGUGAGGUAUGGGAAUGGUGGGUAAAUCUAAAAAGCGGGGAAGGAAAGGAGGGAAGACAAAGAGGCCAGUCUCCACCUGGAAGGGGCGAAGAAAAGCUGGAGUUCAGUGUUUGUACCCUGAUGCUGGACUAGCUAAAAGUUCAGUUUCCUGCUAUUCCUCAGGCUGGAGGGCCUAGGUGCCAGCAGGUCCCUUUUUAUGCCCCUUUCAUGGGCGUACGAUAGGUAUAAGCCAGGGGUCUAAUGGAAGAACACCACUGGAUCCUGUCCUGGUCCCAAAGAGCAAAUCCUAUGGAGCAGCCAGCAUUCAGGCACCCCCCAUCCCCAUCCCCCACCAACAUUUUUGCUCUGGAAAGACUAGGCUUGGAACAUGCACCACUGAGCCUGAUAUGGGGACACAGACAUGAGGGAUGGACCCCUUUCCACUCCUUUAUUCCUACUCAGACUGUUGCACACACUGACCCCAAACUUAGAGAGGUUGAGAAAUGAGAUCCUUAGGUUUUAACCUCAACCUGUCCCUUCUACAGGGUCCCAGUGUGGAUACUGCAGGCAACCUACCCUCUCUCUACUCAAUCUAGAACACCCCAAGCCAGAAAGAAGUGUUUUCCGUUGCACUGAUCCCCACCCCAAUUCAGUCUCUUGGAGGGGACUCAGUAACCCUUAUCAGCGACACCCUAGCCCCCUUGGGCUUGUGGAUGCCUCCUAGCCAAAUCACUGGAGUACAGCAAGUGACCCCAGCCUCUUGCCUGUCCCAAGAUGCCCUUCCCCAACCUGACCGUGCUAACUGUGUGUACAUAUAUAUUCUACAUAUAUGUAUAUUAAACCCGCACUGCCAUGUCUGCCCUUUUUGUGGUGUCUAGCAUUAACUUAUUGUCUAGGCCAGAGUGGGGGUGGGAGGGGAGUGGCAGAGGCAAAUUGCUACAUGUUCCAAACAAACAAACAAAAAAAACCCCAACAAACAUUAAAUUCACAUGCAAACUGAGAGACUAUUUAGAGAAAGUUGGAAGUUAGCAGCUUUUAGGAUGUGGGAG